GACGUAUAUGCGUGCUCUCGUCCGUAAAGUGGACGAGUAGAUAAUAAGCGUGAAAUAAUUCACGAUACCGAAUAAAAAUCGAGAGUACGCAUAUACAGAGAAUUCGCACAAUUGAAGAAGCGUGUGGAGCGACGACAAAAGUGCGAAGAAAAAAAAAGAGGGAGGAAGGGAGGAAGUUAGUGUGUACAAGAGGUCUUUUUUACGGUUUUUUGAGAGAUCCUGCGAAGAUAUACGUGUUGGCCAGACCUGGCGAUACAGCACGAAGCAUCGUGUAACCUCAAGUGUACGUUAAUCGCGAGAAAUUUACGUUGCGUUUCAUUCUGCUGUAAAGACUAGGGAGUGUACGCGACCCUUUGAGGACGCGUUGUCGAUCAUUGUUACAGUGGAAGCUUUAGAAAAUGGCCGACAAUUGGACACAGAACGUUGUUUGCCGUUAUUUCAAAAAUGGUAUGUGCCGUAAAGGGAAUAAUUGCAGGUAUCGCCAUACCCAAGGAGUUAGAAACGACGGAAGUACCAAUGAAACAGUAAUAUCUUUGCCUGUUUCACCUGCUAACACAGUCUGUCGCUUUUUCAAGCAUGGGAUCUGUAAAUUUGGGAACCAUUGCCAUUUUCGUCACACUGCUGAAACUGCCGAUAAUAAUUCAGUGAACGCAGAUUCACCAGAUAAUUCUUUACCAGAGCAACACGCUUCAAGUACUUCAACCUCGACAACAAUAAAGAAUGCUAAAGAAAAUGCCCAUGUAGCUGAAGAAUGGGUAAAGGCACCCGAAUUCGUACCCUCAUCCAUUGCUGGUUCGUCCACAGCAAACGAAGCCUCCGCUACUUCGGGAACAUCUACGACCUCAUCGCUGCCAAUAUCUUAUGCUCAAGCUUUAAGUCCAUUUGGUCAGGCAUCCAGUCCAUCUUUAGAACCUUUAUGCCCAUAUGCAGCGGCAACUGGAAUUUGUAAAAUACGUAACUGUACAUACUUACACGGACAUAUUUGCGAUUUAUGCAAUCGUGCCGCAUUACAUCCACAUAACGAAGAUCUUCGAAAGAAACAUACAAAUGCAUGCGUUAAACAGCACGAAGUAGACAUGGAGCUUUCCUUUGCUAUUCAGCGUAGUAGAGAAAAGUCUUGUGGAGUUUGCUUUGAAAUAGUAAUGGAGAAAACAUCUGGAGAACAGAGAUUUGGUAUUUUACCGAAUUGCAAUCAUUGCUUUUGUAUAAGUUGCAUUAGAAAAUGGAGAAAAGCUAAACAAUUUGACAAUAAAAUUAUUAGAGCUUGUCCAGAAUGCCGUGUCAGCUCUGAUUUUGUAUGUCCGAGUAUGUAUUGGGUAGAUACAAAGGAAGAGAAAGAAAAAUUAAUAAUGGACUACAAAUGUGCAUUGAGCACCAAAGAUUGUAAAUAUUUCAAUAAGGGACGUGGUAAAUGUCCUUUUGGUAACAAGUGCUUCUAUCUACACGCACUACCCGAUGGCACUAAGACAGAUGUUGGUCCACCUGUUCGUCAACGACGUAACGCUGAUUCGGAUAUUGAUAUCUUUCAUCAAUUAAUUUUGUGGAACUUCCUCGACGACAGAAAUGACCGUUGGAUAUACGAUGUAGAUCUUGAAGAUGUUCCCUUUUUCUCAGAUUCAGAAGACUCUGAUUGGUCUGAAUAUGAAUUUUCUUUUGAGUAAAAUUAUAUUAAUUCAGUAAUCAUUACUGCUAUUGCUGUUAUCUGUAUUAUCUAUCUCAUCCACCACUUAUGCGUGGUUUCAGUGGCUGAAUAGACAAGUAGUUUAUGAAUUGUUUGAAUGGUUAUGGUUCAGAGGUGUCUUGGCUAUGCUGUGUGCUUUGCUUGGUGAUGUUUACAUGGAAAAUGUGUAAACGGCAUCAGGUUAGUAAUUAGAAAAUAGCAGUAAUAAUAAGAGGAUUACAGUCGCAUGUACAAUAAUGACAAAGUUUUUAAUACUACACUGUCACUUUGUAAUCACCCUUUUUCGUGUAUCUUGACCAAUAUUCUUAUAACUAAUACUCAGUCAUAAGAAGUACACAUCAAAUCUAUUACAUCAGUGGUCCAAAUUAAUUCAAUGAAUAGAACAUAUAUCAGAACAUUUACAAUGGUGUUUUGCUAACAUACAAAUUUGGUUUAUUCACCGUCCUACGAUCACUCUUUUUAAAAAAUCAUGAGAAGGUAAAGAAAAGUUUUGUUCCGCGAUGCUAGAUUCGAUAAUAAAAUGAAUUUUCUUUAUUUUUCUGGUUAGAAUAAGUGUACUAUUAUCGUCCAAGUUUUUCAACGGAAUUCAUUUUAUAAAAACCUUUAUUAUCUUCAUUAACUUUUGGCACUAAACUUAACGCUCGAUUAAAAACUCGUUAAAUAAAGUGGAAAAUUACCAUCAUUUUCAUUAUAACCUAACUUUAGGCUUUUAGAAUUAACUUUAAUUUCGAUCGGAUACUUAUUCUGCAGGCAAAGAAAACCAAGUCUGGUAGUUAUUAUAUUUACUUGUUAUUCGACUUGGUAAAUAAAGAAGAAUUCAUGGGAAACAGUGUUUGAUUUACACGUUGCAAGAAACAGUAAAAUGUUACUUGUAAUAGUCAGGGGUGUAACAAGUAUUUGGUUAUCAGUGAUUCAUAUCGAAGAUACAAUUAACGAGUUUCGUCCUACCUCCUGUUACAGUUCUGUGAACAUUUAAAAAAAAAUUUCCUUAAAUUAUUCAACUGUAUAGUGUUAGUCUUUAAUUAAUAAGUUUAAGAUAUCCGUGAUAAAUGCGCAAAUCGAGUGUAUCGUGUAAUAAGUAUGGCUGUGUGAUCGUAUGAAAACUUGAUCGAAUGCUUGUUAUCCUAGAUAUAAAUGAAAGAAACGAUUUUUGGCGAAUAUGUGUUAACAGAUUCCACAUUUGAAAAGAAAUAACAAAUAAAAGUAUGUUACGAAGAUAGGUGAAAUUAAAGCAGUUUGUGAUUUUUAUCAUUUUUUUCUUUAUAUUUAUUAUGUUUAGAAAGUUUCGAUUACCACCUUUUCAGAAUUGAUAUACAUUAGAUCAUAAAGUCGUUUCGAAAUGUUUUGCGCUUAUUACUUUGAGUCUGUUGCUUUUAAUGAUAAGAAACAUUUUUCUUUUAAAGAGUCUACUUUCAGUGUUGCCUUGCAAAAACAGUCUAAUUAUACAGUUCGUUCAUAGAAAAGUUAUUCGAUAUUUUAUUGGACAAACUUUUCACAAUGCUGUAUGUAAGCUGUUAAUAUUUUCUAUAGGUUAUCUAUACUGUUAAUUUUGUAGAGGAUUGUUUUGAU